UCUUUAGUACUGCAAAGCUUUCCACAGUUAAACUCCGUUCUUGUUGUCAAAAUACUCUGCACGAUACUUCAGACGAGAAGGCCAAAACUGGUACAAUUGAAUUUUACAAAUCCAGCGAUGUUUUCCUUCCGAGGUGCUCCAACCGCGAGAGAACUGCGGUGAAGGAAGGCUAGACCCUGAUUAAAAACGCAAAUCAACCAAUCACAUGCCUCGGUUGUGUGUGGGGCCAUGACAGCCAUAUUACUGUGGGUGGUUUCCUACAAUCCAUUUUAUUUCCUAUGAUUUGACGCAAGUUAUGGAACUAGAGAAUAUUGUGGCAAACACUGUUUAUUUAAAAGCUAGAGAAAGUAAAACUAAAGGCAGGAGUAAGAAAUGGAAAGAGCUGCUGAAAUUUCCGCAUCAUACGAUAUCUGCGCAUCUCAAGAACGACAUUCUCCUGACGUAUGACAGAAUUUGCGAAAAAGAACCCAUUGGUAGGGAGCUGUUUCGACUGUUUUGCGUGAGCAAUGCUCAACUACAGCAAGCAAUCGACUUCCUCGAUGAAGUGGACGCAUUCGACAAAGCAGAGGCAGCGAAAAAACCUGAGCUGGCACGCGAGGUGGUUCGCAAGCAUCUUCUUCAGCAUUCCCCGAUCCAACGUAUACUUAUUUACAAGAAGAUAUAACAAGUAGUUUUUUUCUUGAGAGGAUCCAGCUAAUUACAAGGUCUUGGGAAAACUAAUCUUUUGAAUAUUUAUAAUUCGGUCAGCAUGCGAAGAAUAAAAGUGACGAAUUUAACAUUGCAGCUGCAGCUACUUUGUUAAAAGAUUGCAUGUUUAUGGGUCAGUCCAGGUAAACAGACAAAUUGUUAUAGGGACAAUUAAUCGCGAGAACUACAACAGGUUGACCCUUAUCAAUAUAAAAAUGUUUUGAAUGGGAAUUCUGCAACAAUCUGUAACAUAUCUACAGUUGAUCUGAGAACAUCUUUUCUUCUUUGUCACAAAAUGAAAAUGCAAUGUGAAUUGGACUGACACUUGCAUAAUUAUAUUUCAUAAGAUGUAAUUACACUCGGAGGGUGAAAUUAAGUGGCAAAUUGAUGGAAGUCAUUUUGGGGCAAUAUUAUCAAGUUUUAAAUACAUUGUACCAUUCGUUGUAGAAUCCAGUUGUAAGCAAUAUAAGUUAAAGCAGUUUGUACUAAAAAGUUAUCCCUUAUUAUAUGCAAGCAACAUUUUCUUAAAAUGGUGUUUAUAUAAGCUGUGAAACUGUGGUUGUCAUAAAACAAAGAGAUCUUGUUUAAGAAACUGCUGACAAUGAUUCAGACUGUAAGAAGGUGAAGUUAAAAAUAUACAGGAUUUUGAUCCAUAGAGGAUGGCUAUCAAACUUAUAUAUUGUUUAUGUUAAUUAUUCUCACAAUAAAGGUAAACUUUGUCACAUUGCCAGCUGGUUGGCUUAUUAUUGAGACUCCAGCUUUAGGAACCAGCUGGUUUGUGCUGGCAAUGGGAUGAGUAUACCUGGUUACCAUAAUGGUUGUUUAAUCUUUUGGUUCUCAUAUUGAAAAGGUUAAAAAAUAAUGAUGUGUAGGUUCUUAAGAUUCUUGUUCAGAUGAAAAGAGUGACCUGUGAAUGCAACAUUCCUAGGACUCCUGAAGGCCCUUGUGAAUAGUGCAUCAUUACCCUUGUGAAUAGUACACGCUUCUAUGAGCAAAAAUUGAUGUUUAGUUGGAGUGGGUGUACCAGCUGCUUUUGAGAUUUUUGAAGAAAAAAAAUUAACAUUAUUUUCAAGAGGUGGUAGCCUAAGACCGUGAACAAUAAUCCUGUCAGUAUAUGUUGGACUAGAUAUAUUUGAUCAAUUCAGCUGAAGAUAUAUACAGGAAGUUAAGCAUAGCCAACACAGCUUUGAAUUUGACUUGACAAUGUAUUCACUUUCCUCCACCAGUCAACUUCUUCUUCUUUCCUCUAUACCUGAAGAAGGCUGGUAGCAGCUUGCAGAAAUAUUGCAUUAAAUCGAGUUAAAUUCUG